AAUAGUUAGAUCGGCCGCAGCAUCGAGUAGUCUCUGCUUGACCAGUGUGCACGCGUGGCACGUGACAUAUUGUACUGGAUUAUAGAGUAAUUGAUACGAUUCUGGAUAAGCGAGCCUCAUAUCAUCAUACCAAUUUGUAGUUGCUCGCGCAGUGUCUCCGGUGUCUCCUCGCUCUGCCUGGUAUCACUCGAUUAGAUUCUAUUCUUAUACGGCGCGACGAAUAUGGCGUUGUUCCGCGGUCUAUUUAAUUUCUUUCUGGACGAUAGUAAGGUAGACGAGAAAAUUGGCAUGACGGAGAAGCAAAAGAGGCUGGUGCAGAACACAUGGGCGAUCGCUCGUAAAGACGAAGUUUCGGCCGGACUCGCCGUUAUGAUCGCUUUUUUCAAACAAUAUCCCGAGUAUCAAAAGCAAUUUAAGCCAUUUAAGGACAUCCCGAUUGACGAAUUGCCAAAAAACAAGAGAUUUCAAGCGCAUUCUGCCAGUAUUAUAUCGACAUUUAGCAAACUGAUUGAGCAAAUGUACGAUCCGGAAUUGAUGCAUGCGAGCCUGAUUAAUCUGAUCGAAAAGCACAAGAAUCGCGGGCAAACACAGGAGCAGUUUGAAAAUUUAAAACAAUUGAUGUUAAGUCUCUUUCGGAGGCACAGGAGGCUUGGAAAAAGAUGUUAGACUUUGUUUUUUCGAGCAUUUACGAGAUUUAUAAAAAUUAAAACAUCCGCAAUGUAUGUAUGUGUGUGUGCGUAAUCGCAAUUUUUGAAUUAUAAUUGACAAAAAUACAUGAUGCAUAUUGUAUACGUAUAGAGCUUUUCGCAAAAAUAAUAUUUAUCAAAAGAUUUAUAAUCGAUUUAUGAUCGCACACACAAUGGAACGAUAUGGUUCUGGGCAACAUGGUUUUUAUGCAACUUACAUACAACUAAUUACAUAUAAUUAAUCACUUGCAUAUAAUUAAUUUUGCGCCAAAGAGAGAAUAAUAUUUGUUGUUUCUUACAAUUACAUAUAUUGACUCACGUUUCAAGAAACGAAAAGUGGUUAAAACUGAUAUAACAUAAUAUUGUGAUAAAAUUUCUACUGUGUUAUAUGUUUUGCAAUAAAUGUGUAAUUUGCCUAUUGGCAAUUU